AUGUCGCAGAAGAUCAGGUACGGGACGCAGCAGAUCCUGCCGGACGGCCGCUCCAUCGUGCUCGGCGGCCGGCGCGCGUUCAGCUACGAGUUCGUCCCGGCGGAGGGCCAGAAGAACGCCCAGGCCAACAACCUGCAGCUGCUCCGUGACACCAACGACGACGUCGAGAACAACCUGUACCCGUUGGUCCACCUCCUGAUCGACGGCACUCUGUUCAUUUUUGCCAACGACCGCUCCGUUGUGCUCGACUGCCGGACCGGCCAGGUCGUCCGCGACCUCUCGGCCCUCCCUGGCGCGGGCAGGAACUACCCCGCCUCCGGCAUCGGCAUGUCCGCGCUUCUCCCCCUCGACCUCCGCCGCGGCGACGUGCUCAGCCCCGAGGUCAUCAUCUGCGGCGGCACCCCCAAGAACGCCUUCAAGUUCGGCGAGACCAACAUCAUCGCCGCUCUCCGAGACUGCGCGCGCUCAAACCCGGCGCCCGGUGGCCCGUGGCCCGCACCAUGGGCGACCUGCUCAUCCUGCCCACCGGCGACCCUCUCAUCCUCAACGGCGCCGCCAUGGGCUGCUCCGGCUGGGGCUUCGGUCGGCCGCCGGUGCUGACCUUGCUGCUCUACUCGAGAAAAUUGUAAAAUUAGGACUCCAAACAUUGCCAUUUGCAUAUUUGUCAUUCCAAACAUCAACUUCGCAAAUUUAGGAUCCCAAACAUGCGUUUCUUGCCUC